CUUGCUUUCCCUUUGCAAGCACAAUGAGUAAGCGAGAACGAAACGCUGGAGUUCGUACCUUGAAGGGCUGUAUUAAUAUUUGAAACACUGGGUGGCAUGAGACUGUGCCAGACAAGGUUGCUGAAGUUUAGAACGGUGGUUUUCAUUGGCUCCCUCGAAGGUGUGAUGACAUUAGGUUCUGCCUGAGUUUAAAAGGAUCUUCUCGGAGAGAUCGGCAGCGCAGAGAGCUGAGUGCUGAGUUCCUGAUACCAGCAGAGUGUGAACCCGAACCACCCCGAAGGGAGAGAGAGAGAGAGAACAACCAAAUUUAAAAAAAACACCCACAGAGAGACAUUGGCAGUCUAACCAUGAGCGAGAGGAAAAACACUGGAGCAAAGUAUGGAAAAGAGAAGGCAUCAGAUGGCAAAGACAUUUGGAUAAAUCAGGAAGUACAGAUGUCCCAAAAUGGAUCCCUGUGGAACAGGACUAGUCACCCACCACUAGAUGCGGCCAGAGCUACAAAGGAGGACACUGAGGAGUUUGACAUUGACCUGGAUGCCCCUGAGACAGAGAAGGCUGCUGUCGCUAUACAGAGUCAGUUCAGGAAAUUUCAGAAGAAGAAACAGGAUCCUUCUUAGGAUUUCUCGUGGAUGCUGCGAGGCAGCACAUGAACAGACAACUCCCUCAAAGCUUUCUUCUGUGGGUGCAUGCAGUAAAUAAAAACUCUGCAGUAUCUGUGUGUAUUGAAUAUAUACCCUAAAAUGUCUCUGUAAUACUCCCCUUGGUCAUUGCCUUGUAACCUAUUCACACAUUAAUAAAACUAGUAUUGUACCCAUAGUA